AUGAGCCAUCAACCGGAAUACCCUUCGGCGGGUGCCGAACUUGAUGAUAUAGAUUCCAAUGCGAUUGGUCGCGCUCGCCCCCGCCGUCACGACGACGAGGAUGAUGGGUCUGAGACCUUUGAAGACGACGACAUUGAGAGUACAGUUGGCGCACCCACUAAUGGGCAGCAAAAACAUGAAGGACAUGGCGAGGAAGAGAUAGAGCUUCCUGCUCAUGCAUGCGCAUACUGCGGCAUCCAUAACCCGAGCAGUGUGGUCAAAUGUCUUUCUUGUAAUAAGUGGUUCUGCAGUGCACGUGGCAAUACCUCCUCCUCACAUAUCGUCAAUCAUCUUGUUAGGGCUCGUCAUAAAGAGGUUCAGUUGCACCCUGGCUCUUCUCUGGGUGAUACUAUCCUGGAAUGCUACAACUGUGGUACAAAGAACGUCUUUUUGCUCGGCUUCAUUCCCGCAAAGUCCGAUACCGUGGUUGUACUACUUUGCCGUCAACCAUGCGCUUCGAUGCCAUCUUCCAAGGACAUGAACUGGGACACUUCACGCUGGCAGCCCCUUAUUGAGGACCGUUCUUUUCUACCCUGGCUCGUUGGGGCACCAACCGAUCAGGAACAGCUCCGCGCACGCCACCUUAGCCCUCAGUUGAUUGCGAAGCUCGAGGAAAUGUGGAAAGAGAACUCCCAAGCGACUUUGGAGGAUCUGGAAAAAGCCACGGCUGUUGACGACGAGCCCGCGCCAGUCCUUCUGCGUUAUGAUGAUGCUUUCCAGUACCAGAAUAUUUUCGGACCGCUGGUCAAAAUCGAAGCCGACUAUGACCGUAAAUUGAAGGAAUCUCAAUCGCAAGACGGCUUGAUUGUCCGUUGGGAUCUAGGUCUCAACAAUAAGCAUCUUGCAAGCUUUGUUCUCCCCAAGCUUGAAUUGGGAGAUGUCAAGUUGGCUGUGGGUGACGAGAUGCGUCUCAAGUACAACGGUGAAUUGCGCCCUAAGUGGGAAGGUGUGGGAUAUGUGAUCAAGAUCCCCAACAAUCAAUCCGACGAAGUCACGAUCGAAUUGCGCGCCAAGGGAGACCACAAAUCAGUGCCCACCGAAUGCACACACAAUUUUAUGGCGGAUUACGUUUGGAAAUCCACGUCUUUCGACCGCAUGCAGUGUGCCAUGAAGACUUUUGCUGUUGACGAGCUCAGCGUCUCGGGUUAUAUUUUCCAUCGUCUUCUUGGUCAUGAGGUUGCAGCGGCUCCUAUGAAGACCCAGAUACCCAAAAAGUUCAGUGUUCCAGGUCUGCCCGAUCUGAACGGCAGUCAAAUCAACGCGGUCAAGAGUGUGCUUCAACGCCCACUUAGUCUGAUUCAAGGCCCCCCAGGAACCGGUAAGACUGUCACUUCGGCAACUAUCAUUUAUCACCUGGCCAAAAUCAACGGAGGCCAAGUCCUUGUUUGCGCUCCUUCCAACGUCGCUGUCGAUCAACUCUGUGAACGCAUCCACCUUACAGGACUCAAGACUGUGCGUGUCACUGCUAAAUCCCGUGAAGAUGUGGAGUCCGCCGUUGGAUUCCUUUCGCUGCACGAACAGGUUCGUAUGAAUGACAGCAACAUUGAGUUGGUCAAACUCAAUCAGCUAAAGGCUGAACUUGGCGAGCUAUCUAGCCAGGACGAGAAACGUUUGAAGCAGCUCACUCGCUCUGCUGAACGUGAAAUCUUGACCAAUGCGGACGUCAUUUGCUGCACUUGUGUUGGUGCCGGUGAUCCUCGUCUUUCCAAGGGCAAGUUCCGCACCGUUCUGAUUGACGAGUCCACACAAUCUGCCGAGCCCGAGUGCAUGAUUCCCUUGGUUUUGGGUUGCAAGCAAGUUGUCCUGGUCGGUGAUCACCAGCAACUGGGUCCCGUCAUUAUGAACAAGAAGGCUGCCAAAGCUGGUUUGAAUCAGUCUCUGUUUGAGCGCCUUGUUAUCCUCGGGUGCUCCCCCAUUCGGUUGAAUGUACAGUACCGUAUGCACCCGUGUCUUUCAGAGUUCCCAUCGAACAUGUUCUACGAGGGCUCGCUGCAGAAUGGUAUCACUAUCGCCGACCGUGUCCGCCGUGACGUUGAUUUCCCGUGGCCCAUCAUUGACGAUCCCAUGAUGUUCUGGUCAAACUUGGGCAACGAAGAAAUCUCCGCCUCUGGAACCUCUUAUCUCAACCGCACCGAAGCCACCAACGUUGAGAAAAUUGUGACACGCUUCUUCAAGGCUGGUGUGCAGCCCAGGGAUAUUGGUAUCAUCACCCCUUACGAAGGACAACGGAGCUACAUUGUCAGCUCGAUGCAAGCGAACGGUACUUUCAAGAAAGAGCACUACAAGGAGAUUGAAGUCGCCUCAGUUGAUGCCUUCCAGGGCCGAGAGAAGGAUUACAUCAUUCUCUCUUGUGUUCGUUCCAAUGACCACCAAGGUAUUGGUUUCCUGAGUGAUCCUCGUCGUCUCAACGUCGCUCUUACUCGUGCCCGAUAUGGUCUUGUCAUUCUGGGUAACCCUAAGGUGUUGUCGAAGCAUCCUUUGUGGAACUGCCUCUUGCAGCACUUCAAGGAACGCCACUGUCUGGUGGAAGGACCUUUGUCUAACCUUCAAGAAUCUCUGAUCCAAUUCAGCCGACCCAAACAGGCUUACAGAGGUCCUCAGCGUUUCCAAAUGUCUUUCAGUCAGACAUCAAACUCCCAAAACAGUGCAGUGAACGGUCGCAAUGGUCACCGCAAUGAUAACUAUGACUCUGGCUCUGUGGUUGGUUACAUUCCUGACGACGUUUCUUCGGUUCAUGGAUCCGCUGUUGGCGGUGUUGGCCUCCCCUCAGGCUACCCUCCGAUGUUCCAAAACUUUGGCGAGGCCUGGCCUGCUGUUUCUGGCAACCGCCGAGCCAACGGUGGCCGCGCCAAGGGAGCUCCAAGCGUGGCUGGAGAGUCCGUCGCUGCUACCGAGUCUGAUGUCACUAGCAGUGUCGCUGACGGGCGAAGCGUUGAUCAGGGUGGCGUGAGUCUUGCUGGCCUCAGUAUCAACGAUAUGAACAAGCAGCCGAGUCUCAGCCAGUCUGAUCGCCUGAAGCGCUACGUGGAAUCCGGUGGGCGCGAGCCUUACCGGGCCGGAGUUCCCGAUAACGGUAGCAUUUUCGGAGGUAGCUCUGCGAGCAUCCGUGUGACUCGCGGCGUGCCGGGUCAGGUCCCUCAGGAUGAUGACGACGCUCGCAGUGUGUCUACUGCUUUCGCCAGCCAGGUCGGCGGCAACUAUGACUGA